AUGAUGUUUCGUACAAGUAGAAUAAAAGAUAUGAGUUCUGGACGGGAGGAGGGAGCGUUGGACUAUGAAUGCGAAGCCCCCGCCUUUAAACUAUCCGGCUUCAAAACAUGCUCUCAGUCCUGUUUCUGUCGCAGAGAACACGCCCUCGUAGCACGCUCCCACUCAAUCAAACCUCCAGAACUUGACCCUCAUCAACUAGGGCUCACCACAAGCGUUCACUCGUCUAUCUAUCUCAACGUCAAAUUCGUCCUUGAUAUAAAUAUACAUGAGGAGGGCAUUUGGGUGCUCAGCCGAGAACCUUUGGUGAGCGAUGAUGUUUUCUGGAUCAAGGUUAUUUAUGGACCGAAAAAGUAUAUAGAGCUCAUCAUCAUCGUCAACUUCAACCCUCUCAAGAUCACACUUUUCCGGGGUGGCAUAGAACAGGUCGUACUGAACGGGCGCGGCUUACUGCACAUGGAGUAUUUCAGAACCAAGGAGGAUUUUGAACUAGCCGAACACAUCCAAGGCACAGGACAAUUAGUUCUCAAAGUCAACCCUGCAGCAUGGUUCGAAGGCAACAGCAAAGAUACCUUCUGGGACGAAACUUUCUCCACAUCGACAGACACAAAACCCAAAGGAGUCGACCGGAAUCUCUCUCCUUCGACAUAA